AUGUCUCGCGAUUUUUACGCGAGACAUUAUGUCCGUGUAAGCUUUGUAAGAGAUUCAAUCGUUGUGUCGGUCCUGAAUUGUUUCGGUUCCAUCCAUUUCAUUCUUGUUGCAAACUCGAGCUUGCAGGUUUUCCACUAUGAAUCUUUGAAAGUUGUGAGCAGCUAUUCUCUCUUUGUCCAGAGGCACGGAACCAGAACUAGAACACUAUGGACUGAUUACUUUUACUCAUCAAAUCAGGGGAUCUCAUUUUACAUGUCUGUGAAUAUGGAGGAUUUCGGUGCUAAUGAGCAGGCAAUGGCUUCAGGUAACAAUCCUGCACAAAAGAGAGGUCGCCAACCGAAGCUAACCGAUGCUGAAAGGCAUGAAAAUAAAUUAGAAAGCGGUAGAAAAUAUCGACGAAAUAAAACUGCCAAGAACCAAGCAUUACAAGAGAAGAACCAAGAAUUGGAGAAAGAGAACAAAAGAUUAGAGGAAGAGAAUGAAAAAUUGAAAGAGGAGAAGGAGAUGAAAGAGUCUGAGAUAAACUCUUUGAAGGAGGAGCUUUUAGAGAACAUCGCUCAAGCAGAGAACUUAGGGAGGGAAGUGAGUGAUCAAUCGGAAAAAGUGAAUAUGGUGAAAAUGGUAAACAAAGCACUGGAACCGGGGAUGCAGCAGCUGCAACAAAAUUUUCUCAAUCAGCAGGAUGAUUUUGUGAACUUGGAAUUAACUAAUAUACCAAUGGAUACUGAGUGGUUGAACAAUUCGGAGAACUGGAAAGACUUCAAUGAGAAUCCAGAGAGGCUGUUCGAUGAGACCAUAGAUUCUUUGCUCAAUGAGGGGACUAGCAUUGCCAAAACCAAGCUAUCACCAUUACGUGAGACCAUCAGUGUUGAGGGCUUUAGGGUACUAAGGGAAAAUUCUACCUGGAUCCAGGAAAUAUUCAACAAGUACCCUAACAUCGCAUCAGGCCUUCGAGUUCGCCUCCAAGCAUCAAGAGAUGGAUUCAUGAAUAUAUUAGCUGAGGUCUACAAAAUGGCAACCAUGGAACGCGAGAAGUGCAACCUGGAGGAUAUCAAGCAUAUGGAGGAUGGUGUUGAGGAUUUGGAGUUCGCUGGUCUAGAUGUUUCAUGGCUUAAGGACUUGGUGCAGCAGAGGGUCGGAAAGAGGUUGAAGAGAAGGAAGAUAUGAAAAGCAUGGAAGCCAAGAUAGAUAUUCCAAAGGAAAAGCAAAGCAAACCAAACCUGCAAAAGAGCACUAGUCUGAAAGACAAAGGGUUAUGUAAAUUAUAAAUUACACUCUUAAAACUUGUUCUGAAUGCUUUGUUACUCUUGUAUUACAACCGAUAGACUGAUUAUUAUUUUACUUUUUUUUUUGUUAUUAUUUUUGAUAGGAGUAAGAUGAACUGAUUAUCAAUAAAUAUGUAUGCAUGUAAUGUGAAGUGUGAACAUUACCUGAUUUAUCCUCUUUUAUAUAUAAAAAAAAUCAGGGUAUUUGUA